GAGGGGUAAGAGGUGGGAGGAUUUGGGCCCUCAUGGAGCUGCCCUGGCCUCAGAAGGUUAUCUGUCUCUCCUGCCAACCACGGGGACAUAUUUAGACAGGGCCAGGUGGGGCCGAGGAGGUGCCAGUUUCACGGGCAGCUCCGGUUCCCUCUCCACCCCCUGCACCUAGCCCUCCUCCUGACCCUCUUUCUCUUGGUUCUGUCGGCAGUUUCGCCAGGACCCAGCAGUGUCCUCUGUCCACUGCUCAGGGCCAUUCCCACCCCACCCCCUCUUGAGCCCCUUAACUGGGGAUUCAGGACCCUGGGGCCCCUCCCUACCCCAGCUCACCACCUUCUGGACCAGGAGAGCCGACCCAGAUCCCACUACCUCCAUGAGUGCUACAGACAAGAUGGGGGCCAGAGCCAGACUGGCUCUGUGGCUGGCACUGCUGCUACUGCUGGUGCUAGGGACACCCGAGUUGGGGGUGCACGGGGAGGAAGGGUUGGACUUCCCUGCGUAUGAUGGUGUGGACCGUGUGAUCAACGUCAACGCGAAAAACUACAAGAAUGUGUUCAAGAAGUAUGAUGUGCUGGCACUGCUCUACCAUGAGCCCCCUGAGGAUGACAAGGCCUCACAAAGACAGUUUGAGAUGGAGGAGCUGAUCCUGGAGUUAGCAGCCCAAGUCCUAGAAGACAAGGGUGUUGGCUUCGGGCUGGUGGACUCUGAGAAGGACGCGGCCGUAGCCAAGAAACUAGGACUAAUCGAAGAGGACAGCAUUUAUGUGUUCAAGGGAGAUGAAGUCAUUGAGUAUGAUGGCGAGUUGUCUGCUGACACCCUGGUGGAGUUUCUGCUUGAUGUUCUAGAGGAUCCUGUGGAACUGAUUGAGGGUGAACGAGAGCUGCAGGCAUUUGAUAAUAUUGAAGAUGAGAUCAAACUCAUUGGCUACUUCAAGAACAAAGACUCAGAGCAUUUCAAAGCCUUCCAGGAUGCAGCAGAGGAGUUUCAUCCCUACAUCCCCUUCUUCGCCACCUUUGACAGCAAGGUGGCAAAGAAGCUGACUCUGAAGCUGAAUGAGAUUGAUUUCUAUGAGGCCUUCAUGGAGGAGCCUGUAACCAUCCCAGACAAACCCAACAGCAAAGAGGAGAUUGUCAGCUUUGUGGAGGAGCACAAGAGAUCAACCCUGAGGAAACUGAAGCCUGAGAGUAUGUAUGAAACCUGGGAGGAUGAUAUGGAUGGAAUCCACAUUGUGGCCUUUGCAGAGGAAGCUGAUCCUGAUGGUUUUGAAUUCUUGGAGAUCCUCAAGGCCGUGGCCCAAGAAAACACUGACAACCCUGAUCUUAGCAUCAUCUGGAUUGACCCUGAUGACUUCCCCUUGCUGGUUCCGUACUGGGAGAAGACGUUUGACAUCGACUUGUCAGCCCCACAAAUAGGAGUCGUCAAUGUUACUGAUGCGGAUAGCAUAUGGAUGGAGAUGGACAACGAGGAAGACCUGCCUUCUGCUGAGGAGCUGGAGGACUGGCUGGAAGAUGUGCUGGCGGGUGAGAUCAACACAGAGGAUGAUGACGAUGAUGAUGAUGAUGAUGAUGAUGACUAGUUAGUUGCUGUGGCAACUAUCUUCCAGGCCCACCUGCUCUUCUUAUGCUCCCUCCUGCCUUCCUUGUCCUUUCUUGAGCAUCUCCAGGGACACUAGACCAUUCUCUGCUAUAGGACCCCUUGGGUCUAUAUGUUGGGUGCUGAGACAGUGAUUCCCCACAUCUGUUGAGGAAAGGAGCUACUUUUUCCUAGACAUCAGCCAAGUCCUCUCGUCCAACUUCUGUUUCUUGUUUCAUAACUUACUUGUAUUUGCUCUUUGUUUCUUCCAUCACACCCUAUACUUUUUCUUGUGGUUUUCCUCUAGCCAUAACUACAGGCUCCCAUCCCUCUCCUAUUCCCUCCAUCUGUGCACAACGUAUCCCCACUCUCUCAAACCCUAUAUCCUUCUGACUGUCUUAUUCCUGGCCAAGAGGAAGGGAAGGUCCUGUGUUUGGGGAGGUAUCUCAGCAGUCUCUUGUUAAUGUAUUUGGGUCAAAUGAGAGCCCUCAAUAAAAAGA